AGUAUUUUCUUCUAUUGGAUGAUAUCGAAACACGUAUAGCUUAAACAAAUUUACCCAUGUUUAUUUUUUAUUAUUUUUCGUUUUAUUUUCUUUGAUGGUACAUUUGGUUUCUAUGAAUAUGUACAUGAGCUUUGAGCUUUGAUUGAUAUGUUGAGUAUUUGAUCAGAUGGAUCUUGGUUGUUUAGAUGAUAGACUGGGUUUCGAUUGACGUGGGUGUUCUUAGUUUUCGUAAAGGAUUCUAUGAUAGACAAAUUUGAGUUAUCUGGAUUGAAUCAAUCAAUAUCAUUUGAGAUUGGAGUAUAAACUUAGAACAAGGUGGUAAUCUUUGCAUGGGAGAAAAAUGCCAGAUUUACGAAGUGGAGCUCGCCAGGCCCAGUUGAGAUCCAAGCAGGUCAAUGAUCUCGAAACAACUCCUGCUGUAAAUCCAGUGAGAGCAACCCGGCGUGGUACUGGAAGGGGAAAUGGCUCAAAUGCUCCCAUACUAAAGCAACCUCUGGUCGAGCCAGUUAAGCAAGCCAUUGCUUCUCCAAGGGCAAGAGCAGUGGGUAGAGGCCGGGGAGCCAAAGGGGCAAAGCCAGAGAAGCCUUCUCAGCCUUUGGGUAGGCCGAUAGAGGAGCAGAUUGCAACUGGCUUGGAUGUAGCAAUGAGAGAGGUGGUAGCAGUUCACAAUGAGGUGGUGGCAGAGAAGAGCAUGGAAAAGUUAGUUGCUGUUGAGGAGGAAGGCAACUCAAGUCCUCUUCCUGAGAGGGUACAACUAGGUAACUCCCCUGUUUACAAGAUAGAAAAAAAAUUGGGUAAGGGGGGUUUUGGACAAGUUUAUCUUGGAAGAAGGAUGACUGGUGGCACAGGGCAUACGGGACCUGAUGCCUUUGAGGUGGCCUUGAAGUUUGAGCAUCGAAAUAGUAAAGGAUGCAAUCAUGGUCCUCCUUAUGAGUGGCAAGUUUACAGCAUGCUUAAUGGUUGUUAUGGGCUUCCCUUAGUCCAUUACAAGGGCUGCCAAGGAGACUACUACAUUCUUGUCAUGGACAUGCUUGGUCCAAGUUUAUGGGAUGUUUGGAACUCUAAUAAUCAGAUGUUGUCUGAAGAGAUGGUUGCCUGUAUAGCAGUGGAGGCAAUAUCAAUACUGCAGAAGCUUCACGGAAGGGGUUUCGUUCAUGGAGAUGUGAAGCCAGAGAAUUUUCUUCUUGGUCAGCCUGGCACCCCUGAUGAAAGGAAGCUCUAUUUAGUAGACCUUGGUUUGGCAUCUAGAUGGAAGGAUGCAUCAUCUGGUCGCCAUGUUGAUUAUGACCAAAGGCCUGAUGUUUUCAGGGGCACAGUACGUUAUGCAAGUGUGCAUGCUCAUUUGGGUAGGACAGGGAGCAGAAGGGAUGACCUUGAGUCAUUGGCAUACACCCUGAUAUUCCUCCUCAGAGGAAAGCUUCCCUGGCAAGGGUUUCUUGGAGAUAACAAAAGCUUUCUUGUUUGUAAGAAGAAGAUGACAACUUCUCCUAAGAUGCUUUGUAGCUUCUGCCCACUCCCAUUCCAACAAUUUCUUGAAACAGUCACCAAUAUGAGUUUUGACGAAGAACCAAACUACUCAAAGCUUAUUUCCCUUUUUGAACACAUGAUUGCAACCGAUGCAUCUCUGCGGCCCAUCAAAACUGAUGGUGUACUCAAGGUGGGACAGAAAAGAGGAAGGAUACUGGUUGAUUUGGAAGACAGUGGUGAACCUAAAAAGAAAGUCCGGCUGGGUACUCCUGCUACUCAGUGGAUCUCAGUCUAUAAUUCCAGAUCUCCAAUGAAGCAGAGGUAUCACUAUAAUGUGAUGGACUCGAGACUUUGCCAGCAUGUGGAGAAGGGGAAGGAAGAUGGCUUGUAUGUUAGCUGUAUAGCAUCUUCAGCAAACCUGUGGGCUAUCAUUAUGGAUGCAGGGACAGGAUUCACGUCUCAGGUUUAUGACCUUUCUCCCAUUUUCCUGCACAAGGACUGGAUUAUGGAACAGUGGGAUAAGAAUUACUAUAUCAGUUCAGUGGCUGGAGCAACUAAUGGCAGUGCCGUGGUGGUAAUGUCCAAGGGGACACCAUACACUCAACAAUCGUACAAAGUUAGUGAUGUAUUUCCUUUCAAAUGGAUCAAUAAGAAAUGGAAUGAGGGCUUCUUUGUUACUUGCAUGGCGACUGCAGGUAGUAAAUGGGGUAUUGUUAUGUCCCGAAAUGCAGGUUUCUCAAAUCAGGUUGUUGAACUCGAUUUCCUCUAUCCAAGUGAGGGAAUCCAUAGACGAUGGGAGAGCGGAUACAGGAUUACAUCAGCUGCUGCAACUACUGAUCAAGCUGCAUUCAUACUCAGUACACCCAAGAGGAAAUCACCAGAUGUGACACAAGAAACAUUGCGCACAUCUGCUUUUCCUAGUAAUCAUGUUAAGGAUAAAUGGUCAAAAAAUCUAUAUAUUGCAUCUAUUUGUUAUGGGAGAACGGUAUCUUGAAGUUGGAUUUUUUGAAGGGAAAGGUGCAUGUAAAAUUUAAAGCAGGUAUCUUGUCCCUCUUCUGCCAACCUAUUUUGUUUUUCUUUAUUUUCUUUUCUUUCCUUUUAUUUGGAGUGUACAUAACCAUCCAUUUUAAACUCUGUGAUGGGUUUGUGUUGACAUAAACCCUUCUGGAAAGGCUUAUUAUUGUAUAUACAGUCUUACUCUAUUGAUUGUCUAUACCAUGAAUAUAAUGUAAUUUUUCAUUCACUGGUC